AUGAUUCCCCGGUGUCUUUCAAUUAUUCCUUCUUGUAGUCAAAGUUGUGCUAUUGUGAGUUUUUUUGUUGCAAAUUUGAAGUGUUCAUUCAAAAACCCAAUUUUUUCAGAUUUAUCAAUCACGUCAUGUUGCUAGUUUACCAUCUCUAAAACUUUAUAGUUUUAGACGGAGGAUAGCUGAGAAAUUAUCGAAUAAGUAAGUAAUUUCAAAUACAGUGAUCUUUUUCAACACAUUUUUCCAGAUACGAUGCAAAACGAGUUGAAGAAAUCGGUCCGGAUUUGGCGUGUUUAGAAUGGUUGAUGGAAUGUGGAGCAACAAAUGUUGAAAUGUCUGAUGGACAAAAUAUAACAAGAAUUAGAGAAAUGAAAGAAUAUUUGAAACAUGUUGUUGAGAAUAAGGUUUGAUUUUGACACUUUUUGAUCUUUUUUUUAUGGUAAUAUGGUAAUAUAUUGAUAUAAAAUGAAUUAUGAGCGUAAUAGGGGAUAUUUUUAAGUAGGAAUGAUUUUCUAUUUUUGGAUAACGGAAAAAAGUUCCGGAAUUUUUCGAUGGGAAUUUAAUGGGGUGAUUCAGGUCGAAAAAAAAACUAAAAAAAAAACGUUUUUUUUACAAAAAAAUUCGAUUCAGCAAAUGUCAAAAAACUCUAUUUUUUCCACACAAAAAUGAGAGAUAUCUCGCAGCGAAAAUGUUUCAAUGAAAAAAAAUGUCAAACAAUGUCGAAAAAUAGGAAAAAAAUAUAGUUUUUUGACACUUGCUGAAUCGAAUUUUUUUGUAAAAAAACGUUUUUUUUUAGUUUUUUUUCGACCUGAAUCACCCCAUAAGUUUGUCAAAGAUUAGAAAUAAAUGAUUCUGAAUUUCCACUCCACGGUCCAGUUUUCCUGAUUUCUUGUGAGAAAAAAGUCUAUCCUAUGUUUUCUGUUGCAAAACCAACAAAAUCACUCAAAGAACUGCGCAGGAAAAAAAAAUAAUCAUAAGCCUUUUCUUUUGGUCUCAUUGUUCUCAAAAACCACUACCACUGCAGCUGGGAAGUAUAAAAACGGUUGAUUAACGGUUGAUAAAAACUGCUUUUAAUCAAUGGAGUACCAACGCUUAACCCACCGUUAAUGAACCGCGGAUUAACCAAUUUUUAAAUUUUGAAUAUUACCCAAAUCGAUGAAAAUAGGUUCCCGGCUACUUUUUUGGGUGUUAAGUGUUUUCAAAAAUUUUGAAAAUUUUUAUGGUUUAAUCCACGGUUAAUCAACGGGGAUCAACCGUGGAUCAAAUAUUGGUACUUCGUUGAUUAAAUUUCAUUAAAGUUGGUUUAUAAACCGUUAAUCAACCGUUCUUAAACCUCCCAGCUGCUGUGACAACUAAAGAUUAUAAUCCUUGUUUCUAUUAUCCCAUAUAUCUAAUUUCUAGCCUCCAUCCAAGCCUUAAAAAAUAUAAAAAAUAAUGUCCCUCACCUCAAGAUUAUUUAGAAAAAAUUGAGUUAGGCGAAUGAGAUUAAUCAAAGGCUAUUUAUUUGCAAAAAAGGAAACAAGAAAAUUUUAUUACUGAAUAUUAUGAGUAAUAAAGUUAUAAGAGAAUUGAAUAGACUGAUUGUAAAUAUAAAUGUGGGCGAUUGAAAGGAAUGAGUACAAAGAAUGAGAUCAAACGAGCAUAACAAUAAGAUCACAUGUUUCAGGAUUCUUUUGAAAAGCCGCCUAUACAAACUGGUGAUUUGGCAUAUGAAAAACAAUGGCCAAAUGCUCCAGUCCCUUAUAUUGUUAAUGUAAGUUCCAAAGUGAUUUUUAUUUUGUAAUUCAAAAAUUCCCACGAAUUUUUGCAGGUUGAUGCGAGUGAUUCUGCAGUUGCUAAUGAAGGUUUCACAUAUCUCAGAGAUGUUCGACGGAUUCAAAAACUAAAAUUAAAUUUUUGCGAUUAUUUUGGCGAUGAAGCUUUGAAAUUUCUCGCACAAGGUCGACCUGCAGCUAGUUUGAAUGAUUUGGAAAUUGUGCUAAAUCCAUGUAUGACUGAUGGAGCUGUUUAUUGGUUGCAGAAAAUGAAAGCAUUGAAGAGGUGAGCUGUUCUUUGAUUUUAAAAUAUAAUUUUGCAAUUAUUAGAGCUCAUUUUUAUUUUCUACCGUAUGUUUCACAUCGUCAAGGAUUCAUUCGUCAACUCAAAAUUUCUCUUCCAAAAUGCAAAAUCACAUUUCCAGAAGUUUCCGAAAUUGGUUAUGGUUAUCAGAAAUAG